UAAAGUUUUCUCUGGACCCUCCGUGCAAACUGUCAGCUGGGGUUAGAAAAAAAAAGACAACAACAACUGGAGAAGCCUCUGCCAUCUCAGAGCGAGCUGAGAAAUACAUCCAAGGGUGACUUUAUCUGCCGGAUGAGCAUCUCCAAGCCGGUGACUCGGCGGAUCACCUUGAAAUCUGUGAAAACACAGGGGAAUUAAUAGCAGCGCAGGAGCAGAAGUCAACUUGGCAUUAUUGGGACCUGACAACGCUGUUGGACAUUUUUGGACUGCAACCCGCUGACCCUGCCCUCAAGGUGCCUUUACCAUGGUGACAAUAAAAGCAUCAUACACCUUACAAUAAGCCAGAGAUCAAACCCUCUUUCUGCUGUUGCAUUGCCUCGAAUCCAACGCCAUCUGAAACCGUUUGCUACCACGGUGACGCUGACCAAGUGCGGCCAUGCAUCUAGAGGUGAAGGUCGCCCUCAACUUCAUCGUGUCCUACCUGUACAACAAGUUGCCUCGGCGUCGAGCUGACUUGUUUGGCGAGGAGCUGGAGAGGAUACUCGUGUCCCGUUUUGAGGGCCACUGGUACCCUGAAUCGCCUCUCCGGGGCUCUGCCUUCCGUUGUCUACACCUGGGAGCGCCAAGGGACCCCGUGGUGGAGCUGGCUGCCAAAAGAAGCGGCCUUGACACGGAGGAAGUGCGAGCAAAUGUUCCAGCAGAGCUGAGUGUGUGGAUCGACCCGUACGAGGUUUCUUACCAGAUCGGGGAGAAGGGAGCAGUGAAGGUGCUCUACUUAGAAGACCCUCCUGGCCUCGGGAAUGAAGGUGAAAGGGCUGAGGGGGUGAACGGAGAUGGUAAAGGAGAUGCAGAGCUUGAGGAGGCCAAGAGUCUGGGCUUCAACCCGGACGCUCAGGUGUUUGUGCCAAUCGGGGGUCAGGUAUCUCCAGUGCUUCUGCCCUCUCUCUCCAGCUCGCCCACACCCCUUUCCGCACAGUCCUGCCCCGGGCUCUUCAGCUACCCAAGCUCCAGCACCCCAACUGACCCCGCCGCCCACUCCAACACCACCACCUCUCCUCCUCCCAGCGGGGGACUGCCCUACCUCUCCGCUCAGCAGCCGCCCUCUGCUCUCCCGAGCACCCGCCCGCCCAUACAGCCCAUCACCUUCACCACCGCCAGCUUCGCUGCCACUAAAUUCGGCUCAACCAAGAUGAAGAAGUGCAGCGGAUCUGGGUCGGCAGGCGGCCCUGGUGUCCCGCCGGCCCAGAGGAUGCUCUCCCGCUCCCCGACCAACAUUUCCGCUCCGGAGCUGCUGAAGCACAAGCCCCUGUCUCUCUCCUUGCACUCCCUCGGAGGUCCUGUCCCCAGUCAGCUCUCCCCAAACGCCAAAGAGUUCGUCUACCCAGGAUCGCCGGGGCCCCUUUACUUCGACGCUGACACCCAGCCCAUGCAACCUCACGGCAGCCCUUUCCAACCGCCACACUCCGUCAACUCCCAUCCGUCCUUCGACCCCUUCUCCAGCCCUCCUCCGGCCCAGGGUGUGGGCAUCAUCGGCGGCAGCGGCGGGAUCUCCUACAUGGAGAAGCCGCCGUUUGUCGAGGGUUUAGCAAACUACAACCUGCAAUAUCCUAGCCAGUCCUUCCAGCCUGUUGUGCUGGCAAACUAAGCCUUUACUUGUAACCAUGAUGAUGAUGAUGAUGAUGAUGAUGGUGAGAAUCACUGUAGCAGGGGUUGAGGAUAGGACGGUGAUGCUCCGGAUAUUUUCAGUUUUCUAACGAAUUGUUCUUACUACUAAUACAAGUUAAGAAUUAGUUUUACUACAAAGACUUACAGCACCACAUCCACUGCGUAUUUCAUGUGAUUCAUUUUGUUCCUCCAUAACCACCCCCACCCUACAUCUGUAGUCCAUUACUGUUACCUUGAUGUUUUGUGUGGGUGGGUGGGUGGGAUGGGUGGGGGGUAAGUUCCUUUCUACCUUGAGCAGUUGCCAAUCUCUCACUGCGGCGGUGUUUAUUAUUUUGCAUUGAAUGUUGGCGUGAGAGAGAUUGACAUCUUGAACUUGAAGUCUAAUGGACCCGGCUAGUAUAGCAGUAUAUGUAUAUAAUAGCUCCAUUUUGCACUGCACUGUCAUGCUGUGAAAAAGGACCUAGCCAAGUCCUGCAGCGAGCGAUGGCUGUGGAAAGCUCAGCACUUUGCACUGCAAUCUGCUCUGCCCUAGUUGCCACAAAUACAGAGAGGGGGGCUGUGCUGUCUCGGUGUGUGUAUGUGUGUGUGUGUGUGUGUGUGUGUGUGUGUGUGUGUACUCCUCUGAUGUUCGCCGUUCUGUUUCGUUGCAGCUUAUUGUGAUUGAGAGACUCAUUGUUUGUAUGGUGGGCCUGUUCAGCCUUGAAACGCACACAUGCGCAGAUGUGGGCCGAUUCUGUUUUCGUAGCUGGCCAUUCCUAGUCCUCGGCAGUCCCUGUCGAAAGCUUAUCGUCAGCUGGAAGGUGUACAUGACAUGGGUUUAAAGGAAGUGAUUGCAGGGGAGGGAGCAGAGAGGGACGUUCGGGGUGCGAUGUAGUGGUAUGCAUUUGUCGGGAGGGAUGCAGCCGGGAAGGUCACGAAGCCUCGCUGGACGUGAAAGGCAAAUGAAUCUUUGCAAUUUAGCGUAACCGUGUUUUAACGUCUCAACUGUCCGCACAGGGACGUAGAGGCUGGUUUCAUACAUUUACACGGACGUGCACGCACAUGCACACGCACAGAUUUCCAGUCAGCAGUGUGUGAAGGUGAAAAGGCAGAGUAGGAGGGGAGGGGGAGGGGAUGCAGCAGUUAAGCAGUAGGGAUUGUGAUAAAUGGCUUAGCAUGACUUUGACUAUGAAGGAGAGGUCUUACUCUGCAGGGAGAGGAGGAUGGAGAAGAAGCGGGGGGGGGUCGGGAGUCAGAGGGAAGUGAGAGAACGGGGCAGCAACUGGAGGGUUUUGCCACCUCGAUGGCAUCCACAGGGUGUAUUGGCUCAAAGAGCGACACUUUAAAACCCAGAGCACGUUUCUGGUGAGCUUCAGCGGUGUUGAAGCCAAAGGCUCUCGCACACCGGUCUCUCUCCCCUGUCGAAAUUCUUCCGUUAUCUCAGUUGCCCUGGCCGUUCCAACAGGAAACCAGAAUCGCACAGCUAGGGUUGUUUUGUCUCUUUCCCCCGGUUGCAGCGAGCGGUGAUGUGGACUGCCGUGCAACAAUGAAUGUUCUUUCUUGAUGUAUGGCUUUUGUCGCUCUGUCUCGUGCAGUCUCCUAUUUUUGGCAAUAGUGUUGACCUGCCGGGUCCAUGUGAUUGUUGGUUCGUCGCUAGAGAUUAGGGCAACCCCAGUUCCCUCAAAUGUCCGUUUGAGCUGGCCAGCACUUUAUAUUAUUGGGCUCCCGAGGCCGUGUGUGUCCCCCCCACAGCCAUGGGAGGUUAACGCUCUCAUUACUUCUGCUCUCAGCCGGUUAAUGGUACACUUUGUUCCUGCUGAAACGCUUUAGAGAUUUCCAAGAUGAAUACAAGCUUGUAUUUAGGUGGCUCACGAUGGUGGAGAAAUGUUCUCAGUCUUGUCCAUUUAUCGAUGAAUGUUUUCUAGACUUGUGCCCAUAAAUGUCUUUGUAUAAGCUGACCCGAGGACCCUUGACCUGUGCUCACACUGGUGUUGCUAUGUGGCGGUUUGUCAUAGGCGUGCAUGCAGUCAUGCAAAGUUUUCUUUUCCUUUCUCGUUUUGGUUGAUUUCCUUUCAAGGGGGCGGGUGGGGAGGGACACAUCUCUCUUUAUAAAUGUUACGAUUGUGAGGGAAAGAUGCAUUUAUACAUUUGUUUGUAAUUUAUUUUCAAUUUUUCUAUAUUUUUCUUGUUUUUGCAGAAGAAUUAUCGAGUACAUUUGUAAAGAUAAGAAAUUACAAUAUAAUUCCAGGAAUAUAUAUAUAUAUCUAUAAAAAAAAAAUGUUCUUAUGUUCAGAUUCUUUGUUUAGUUUCUUAUGUGCUGAAGUUAUUUUUUCAAAAAAUAACAAUGAAUAUAUGCAAGUUGAAACAAAAUAAAGAUGUAUAGAAUAAAGUAUUGAAUGUGUAUUGUACCUUGUACAGCAUUUGUCUAAUAAAAGACGGGUAAAUGUAUCCAUUUUUCCAAGUUGAAUUUUUGGAGAGUUUCAGAAAUGAAUGUUUACAAUGGGUUUGUGUAGGAAAAGAUGGCUAAUAUCUCCUCUGUGCUCCCAAGGCAGUCUGACAAUACGACUCUCCCUGGUCUCAUCGGCGGUACAUUGAAACCAAAAAUCCCCAUACGUUUCAAAUCGAUUUUGGAGAGCGACGGCUGUGCUCGGUUUUGAUGUGAGUUUAGUGCGUAUCCAUCUGAAAUUCUCGUGUCAUUCAGCCCUUCCUGUUUUCCCCCCCUUUGCCGCAAAAACCCUCCAUCACCGUUCUGUUCCGGUGCUGUGUAUCAGCACCUCCGACAGCCUUCUUUGUUUGCCUGUCACUAAGCCCAGAUAUACUGAAUCAUGUGAAUGAAACGGCUUCCAACUGCGCCCCUCAUGCAAAGAAAACCACUACAUGUCUGCCAUUUUAUAUUUCAAAUUUUAUUCCACCCCCUUUUUUUUUUUGUUUUAUUUUAUUUUAUUUUAUUUUAAUUUAAUUGGCUGUCCUUACCCCCAUCACCCUGGUCCACUGGUCCUGUUACUAUAGCCAUAUCCCAGACUGUCUUUGUUUACACAGAUGCUCACCCAUCGCCAGUGCAAUGUAAUGCCAUAAUUUUCAAAUAUACCCUGAAGGAAUCAAGGGGUUUCUACCUCUCUUCACCCUGGAAUAAUAAAUAAUAAUAAUAAAAAAAAAACAAUCCAAUAUAUUUCUUUAAUAAGAAGACAGUGUUACGGCAGGUUUGGGAAAAGUGAAGGAAAUUAAUGUGCUGUGAAUGUGGUUUUUCUUUUUUUUUUUUCUUUUUUUUUUUUGUCUGUAAUUGGUCAAUCCUGGUUGAGAUGGCCUGUGUUGAAGGUGGGGGGGGGAUUUCUAGGUGUUUUCCAUUGUCUCUGUAGAUUAGGAGAGGCUUUUGGUUUCAUCCCAAGUCCAAAAUGUCCCGAGUGUGUCCAUUUUCCUCUCCUCUUGUAUGUUCAGUAUUUGUCAGACUCGCAGACGAGCAGAUGUGUGUCGUUUUUAAUUUCCUCCGUGUACAAAGUGGGUCUUGAGGUGAGAGGUGCUUUGACGGUUGUAUGGAGAUUGCUGACAGCGAGAUGAGAAGGAAGUCUGAGGAUUUAGAUCAGAAAGGGGGGGGGGGGGGGGGUUCUUCAUCUUAACUCUGUGCGCCAGAUCAUCAGGAUUGUGUUCUGCACUUGGGGAGAAAAAAAAAAAAUGCAGCAAUCUCCACACAGAAAUCAAAACCUCUUUUUUUUUUUUUUUUCUUUGGCAAAUCGACUCCACAAAAGCAGGCUGUUCUACAAUCAGGUUUGAAAAUUACUGAGGAGG